UUCUGACAGAGAAAAGGAACUAGCUGUGCAUCUCAGAAAUACUCAGAACUGCCCUUGGGGUUUAGAAAAACUGCCAGGGGAGGAAUGCAAACUUACACUGAAUGAGAUGUGGAACGGGCGCUGGUGAUUGUAUCGGGACUGAAGGCACGUGCCCAGAAUCUCCAGCACUCCUGAGACACACAGCAGCCGUUGCAGGCUUUCAGAAAGCACCUUUUCUGCUGCCAUGACAACCCUGGGAGGAAUGGAAGAGACCACAGCAGGGGCUGGCCCUGGUGGGUACCAGCAGGGGCAGCCUGCUCUUUUGAACUCCUAUCUGUGGAAGGGGCUGCUGGAGAAGUUCUUGAAGGGGGAGCCCAAAGUCCUCGGGGUCGUGCAGGUCGUGACUGCCCUGAUGAACCUCGGCUUGGGGAUAAUAAUGAUGAGUGCCAUUUUGCCAUUUUACGAACAACAUACAUUUUAUGUAGUACCCUUUUCAACAAAUGUGGGGUACACACUUUGGGGGUCAGCGAUGUUUAUUAUUUCAGGGUCCUUGUCAAUUGCAGCAGGAACUAGAACUACAAAAGGUCUGGUCCGAGGUAGCCUUGGAUUAAACAUCCUCAGCUCUGUCUUCUCUGCACUUGGAAUCAUACUCACUGCAGUCAGCAUCGAUACAUCUCCAUACUAUUACUUUCACUGUCGCUCUUAUGAGCAGUUGGACAGUUGUCCCAUGGUCGCAUCAAUUUUAAUAGGUAUGGAUGCCCUGGUGCUCAUUCUUAGUGUGCUAGAGUUCUGCCUUGCUGUGACCCUCUCUGCAUUUGGAUGCAAAGUCAUCUGCUGUACUGGUGGUGUUGUAUUGAUUCUACCCUCACAUGCUUACGUGGCAGAAACAGCAUCUCCUGCAUCAUUUACAGGAGGUUUGAUGCCACCAACAGAUGAAGGGGAAAAAGUUCCAGAAAAUUUAGCCUAACAGUCACUCAACAACCCCACUGGGAAAGCGUCAGAAUCCAUCUCUGAUCUAUCUAUCUAUCUAUCUAUCUAUCUAUCUAUCUAUCUAUCUAUCUAUCUAUCUAUCUAUCUAUCUAUCUAUCUAUAUCUAUCUAUCUAUCUAAUCUAUCUAUCUAUCUAUCUAUCUAUCUAUCUAUCUAUCUAUCUAUCUAUCUAUCUAUCUAUCUAUCUAAAACUCACAAGAAUGUUUUCAUUUUCCUCCAAGAAAUCAACAACUUGUUUCCCUGGUUCUUUAUCAACAAUAGCAGAAGUUAAAUGAAUAAAUCAUGCAUUUAAUGAAUCAAUAGCACUCAAAAGGUUUUCAUUCAAAUUCAGGAUUUUAUAUAAGGACAUUAAGUUAGUAAAUAAGAUUUGGUAGAAGUCAAAAGAUACUGUAAAGAUGAGGACUCUAUGAAGGCUACAUAUUUCUGCUUGCCUGGCCAAUCCUUCUCCCAAUUUUUGGCUUUUUUUCCUGCCUUUAGGAAUGCAAGGUGUUUUUACCUUGAGGAAGUCGAGAUGCAUGGCUUUUUCUUCCCUUUCUUUUUCCUGCUUCUUUUCUCCCAUAAAAAAUACCCUUUGAUUAGCACAGUUGGUCCUUGUAUGUGUACAAACCACUAUUUGAAUGUAAGUAUGCACAGAAUAACAAUCAUGACGGGAUCAGAUCAGAUUUCGCCUCUGUUUUCUGUGUUUCUUCAUCUUCCUCCUUCCCUAUCUCCUUUCUCUCUUUCUGCCUUCCCUAAAGGGCAGACUUAUAUCUUAAUCAAACUGUAUUCAGUCCCAUACAUGUGAUCAUGUAAUAUAUAAUGUUUACUAAAUGUUCAUUAAAUACAUUUGAUUUACUACA